AUGUCCUCUGAUGUAUUUCACACUGAAAUAUUCAUACGAAUGCAAUGUUCACACUUUGAAAGUUUGAAAGUUCGUUUCAUUUACGCGCCAAGGAGAAAAAGAAGACUUGUCAUUAAUUGAAAUUCUGUUUCAAAUGUUCUAGCACGUUCUAGGCGUCCCUUUCUGUCGCUGUUCACGGUGGUGACGUUUCCGAAUGGCGGGUGCGCGGGCGCAUCGGGUGACAACGGGACCUGCAUGACGGCGCGCGAGUGCUCGGGUCGCGGGGGUUCCGCCAACGGUUACUGCGCUAACGGCUUCGGCCUUUGCUGCAUCUUUAUGACGUCAUGCGGGAGUACGACUUCGGAGAACGGGACCUACUUUGUCAACUCUGGCUACCCGUCAGCAUUUGACGGCACUGGCUCCUGUGAACUGACCGUCAUCAAGUCACACCCUGACGUAUGUCAGAUAAGGUUGGAUUUCGACAGGUUCACAAUAGCGGGGCCGGAACACAUGAACCAUGUGUGCAACCAAGACCAGUUUAUCGUGUCCGGAGGCAACCCUGUGCCAGCCAUCUGCGGUGUCAACCAAGGAAACCAUAUGUACAUCGACGCCGGAAUCGGUACAACGAAUCCUGUGAAACUGACCUUUGUUACAAGCGGCGCGGCUUAUGAGCGAAUGUGGAAAGUGAAGGUCACUCAGAUACCCUGCAGCACCAUUUACAAAGCAGAGGAAGGUUGUCUGCAGUACUAUACGGGGGUGUCUGGGCAGCUGAAAUCCUUCAACUACGACCCAGCGUCAGGCCUGCAGCUCAGCAAUCAGGACUAUGGCAUCUGCAUUAGGAUGGAGAGAAACUUCUGCGGGAUCCAGUACACUUCUUGUCCAGAUACAGUAAACAACCGUACUCGAUCUUUCACCAUAAGUGGGAACAGCAAUAAUCCUGUGAACUCGAUGAUUGGAUCUGGAGCUGGCCCAAACAAUUGCGCAAAUGAUUGGCUGUUGGUCCCAUGUGCCGCCAACGUUGGCCGUUUGCAACCAGCGCAGGCGCUGUGCACCGAUCGCAUCUGCGGCGGAACUUUCUCAGCUGAUUUGUCUAUGACGCCUUCGACUGUGCUUAGUACAGUGAAACCUUUCCGCCUGUGGUUCCACACAGACAGCGUGGAAGCCCCAGUGGACGUGGACAACCGCGGGUUCUGCCUCAACUACAUCCAACAACCUUGCACCAAUAAUUUAGUAUAAUCCACUUGAUCCGAC